AUUUGUCAUGCUGCUCUCUGAGUAUAAAGGAAGUUGUGAACAUGCCUGUGCAUCUCAGCAAAGCUGCAAAAACGUGUCUGUCUGUGUGUGAGAGGAGCCCGCUCUGUAUCUCCACAUCUCUCUGUCUCUCUGUCUGUCUGUCCCACACUCUCUCCAUCUCUCCAUCUCCCUCUCUCCCUCUGUCUGUCUGACUGUCUCGCUGCAACCUGACUGGAAGAGCAAAUCACCUGGGAACAGAGAAUCGACCCUCAACCAUGAACAAUUUCUCUGCUCAGAUCCUAUUGGCUCUCUUCAGCUUGUUCUGUGACAUCACCAGCGUGGUCUCCGCCCCCCACCGUUACCGCGGCGACUUCAAAAGUCUUGUCAAUCAGGCGCAAACUCUGCUGACAGAGAGCAAACACCUGCUAAACCACAUGAAGUCCCACUCUGAUGCAGACGGGGAUCACAAGCUGGACUCUCUGCCGGUCCUGUCUGUCAGCGCCACCAACCUCUCAACAGCACAGGUGAAAUCGACUCUCUCCAAGCUCCUCUCAGACCUGUUCUCCUAUGAGAAGCAUUUUGAUUGGCUGCGCCGGGUGAGCGAGCGACCUCAUCACGGGCACCUCCCCAAAGUGGUAGGAGUCCUGACUCACAUCCGCAACAUGAUCGCCAGCCUACAACACCAGAUGAUACAGUUGAAUGUGCCGCGCCCGCCACCCCCCUCCCCCUCGCUGCCCCCCCCUCACCCCCCUGUGUGGGAGGCGGUCCAGACAGCACACGCCAUCCUCAAGAGCUUCCGGCUCUUCUCUGACUGGUCAGUGCGGGCGCUGCUCUCGCUCAGUGACAGGCUCUGAUUGGACGGAGAGAGGGGGAGGACAAAUGGACGCAAUACUUGAAUCAGCAGGCUGAGUUAAAGAGAUCCCAACUGACAAAACAACAUCUCACCUGUCUGUUCUGCACCUCACACACACACAGGUCCCAAACGUGCAGUUUGGAAAGAAAUUCAUAGUUACAGCAGAACAUGGAAAUCUGUUACACCCACACUUCCAGGUCAGCAGUGUCUUGUGGGUCGCUGUCUGAAAGCGUGUCAGUCAAUAAGCAAAGCUGAAGAAGAAGCCAGUGAAGGGGACGGGGGACAAUUUCACCCUCCAGCUGCACACAGAGAUGUCACCACCCCAGUGUAGCAGUCUGGUUUGUGCACAGAGAUGUCAUCACCCCAGUGCAGCAGCCUGGUUUGUGCACAGAGAUGUCAUCACCCCAGUGUAGCAGCCUGGUUUGUGCACAGAGAUGUCAUCACCCCAGUGCAGCAGCCUGGUUUGUGCACACAGAGAUGUCACCACCCCAGUGUAGCAGUCUGGUUUGUGCACAGAGAUGUCAUCACCCCAGUGUAGCAGCCUGGUUUGUGCACAGAGAUGUCACCACCCCAGUGUAGCAGCCUGGUUUGUGCACAGAGAUGUCACCACCCCAGUGUAGCAGCCUGGUUUGUGCACAGGGAUGUCAUCACCCCAGUGCAGCAGCCUGGUUUGUGCACAGAGAUGUCAUCACCCCAGUGCAGCAGCCUGGUUUGUGCACACAGAGAUGUCACCACCCCAGUGCAGCAGCCUGGUUUGUGCACAGAGAUGUCAUCACCCCAGUGUAGCAGCCUGGUUUGUGCACAGAGAUGUCAUCACCCCAGUGUAGCAGCCUGGUUUGUGCACACAGAGAUGUCACCACCCCAGUGUAGCAGCCUGGUUUGUGCACACAGAGAUGUCACCACCCCAGUGUAGCAGCCUGGUUUGUGCACAGAGAUGUCAUCACCGCAGUGUAGCAGCAGACAUCAUGCUGUACAGGAGAGCCAUGCCUUGCUGUAACUCUGUGUUUCUUUCCAUGUAGAAGGACUGUCUAGAGGAAGUGUGACGUAUCUGAAAGCCCGUGUAGUAGCUGGGUAUAAACAGAUAUCAAAUGAAAUGACAUGUUUUUGCUCUAACUAUGUGCUUCUUUCCAAACUGCAACUGUGAGAUUCAGGGGCUGCUCUCUCCUCCCUCUCACAGCGUUGACCGACACACUUUGUCAAAGAUUUCUUCAUUCUCUUUGAAAAUCUUUAUUUUAUAACAAACCUGCACUUCCGUUUUGUACCACAAGUAGGCACCACCGUUGUGUAUCUCUCUCGUCAGCUGACACGGGACCAGUAUAACAAACCAGUUUAACCACUAAGGCCACUGGUUUACCAUUCAGCGAGAUUACUUAUUUAUUCCAAUUGUGUCUGGAAGACAGAUUGUCUUUGUAAGUUAUUUAUUUAUUUAUUUAUUUCAUUAUUAUUAUUAUUAUUAUUAUUAUUAUUAUUAUUAUUAUUAUUAUUAUUAUUAUUAUUAUUAUUAUUAUGAUGAUGAUGAUGAUGAUGAUGAAUAUUAAAGCCGAGGUGUAGACUGCAGCAUGUUGUAGUUAUUCUUACGUUCUGUUGUUUCAUUGAUUCUGAUUCUGUUUUGAAGGAGUUUUCUCCUCUCCUCUCUGAUUGAUUUUAUUUAUUUGUGUGUUUGUUUGAAUUUCUAUUUAAUUCCUAUUUAUUUAAUUUAUUUCAGUCAGAGGCUCC